AUGUCUUGGGCUGCAGCUGCGCGGCACCGAUACGAUUUCCACAUAAAGCAGUACCUCGAUGACAACCAAUCGUACGGGCUUGACAAAAUGAUUUGUCCAAUCCAAAUGCACCACGGCGCCAGCAUUCUCCUGUCCCUCAGCAUGCUCACCAUUCUACUACUGCUCAUGGCUACGUUGACCUUGGCGCCGGCUCCGAAAGCGUAUCCUCAUCCUACGGAGCGCUUCCAGCUGGAGCAGCGCCACGCUGCUCCACAACUCAGCCUUCCUGACCUCAGGAGUCUCCACCUCCACGAUCGCCAUCUUGUCUCCGCCGCAGCCACGAUCACGCUCUGUCCAGGUCGCGACACCGCCACGAGAUCGCCAACUGAUGCAACACAUCCAACCGCUCCACCGUGUUCCGGACAACAGCACGGAUACACCCGAAAGCAACGCCACCGUGCUGCAACCCCACAACUCCGUCUAAAGUGGCGCCGGAUAUAA